AUUGUUUUUGUUGCAACACGAUAACGGCGACAUGAAGACAGCGACACGACAGCGGCAGCGGCAGCGGUGAGAGAAUCUUAUUGCAUUUUUGAGCAAGAAAGCGACGACAAUCAAAGCUCGAAGUAUGAAGCUUGAGCGUUGGAUCAGCUGCUGAACGCGAGCGUCGAUCGUGAAGAGACCCAGAACGGAGCGUGUGCCGUCGUCACAGUCGCUGUCGCAGUCUCAUCUCAAGUGAUUGUUAAUUGUUGUCGUUGUUAUUAUUGUUGUUGUUGCGCUUUCUGUUGUGUCUGUGCUAAAUGUAUCACACUGUGGUUGGAGCUUAAGCAUGUCAACAUUAUCUUCAUCAUCAUCAUCUGCGCAUUGAGCAACUGCAGAAUAUCAACCGGGUUUUUUUUAUUAUUUUAUUUCAACAAAUACAUAUAUUUAUUGGAACUCCGCCUUCGGUAUUACUGUGCAGUGUGACAGUCAUGAAUAAACUACGCAACUUGCUGCCGGGCCAGCAGUCCAAGGAGUCUGCGCGCCAUUCGGUCACAUUGGAGCCGGAGAUUGGUUUUCAGAUCACCAUCGAGACGCCACAGAAUCAGAGCAGUAAUGACAGAGCUUCGGCAAUGCCGGAGUUGAAUGUGCAUCUUAUUGCGGCUCGACAUCUGCCCUCUCUUUUCGGCUUCAAGAUUGUGCAGGGCUAUAUUAUUAAGGUUAAGCUCUUUCCAGGCACCAAGCGCUUGGAUAGUAGCAUUCAAACAAACACUUGGCCAAAGUUCAAUGAAAACUUCAAGUUUCCUCUUGUACCAGACAUUAAACCUUCACUGAAGCAUGGUUCGGCAUUUUCAUCGCGACGUCAUAUGCAGCCAGUUAACGGCGAUUACUCCGAUCCAGGGGAACUCUUUGCUGGCCAAUUUUUGGUUUUUACCGUUUAUGCUCUACUGGAAUUACCCGCAGCUAGCUUCAAUCGCUUCAACAAGACCUAUCGCUCCCUCAAAGAAAGAAGUUCCACUUUUAUGCAACGCCUUUCCACGGGGGUGAUGUCGAACGAAGCGCCUCCCGAAAAUGGUGCGACGCCAAAGGGGAAGGAUAAGAAGUCAGCGGAAAGUCCCCGAACUGCUAUGCCGGCUUUGACCAUAAGUGAAUCCAGAAGAAAUAUAGGUUCUGUGACCUGCUAUCUGGAGCCAAAGCUCUUCAAGCGCAACCCGCGUAAUGGAACUUAUACGACCGAGGAGCUGUGGCUACCAAUUAAAGAUAUAACCACAACAGUAUCCAAAGCAACGCCCAAUAAUAACAACAACUAUCUCACAAAUUCGGCAAAGGGCGUGGUUGAGUUGGCCCUCGAGGUACGCGAUCUUGCCGAACUUGCCGAGGGAGAAACACAGUCCGAGGUGCAUUCAGCGCCAGAGCCUCAGGAUAUAACAAAGGGUGCGGGCGGAAAUAAUAAUUGGCAACGGAUGACUGCCGAAGUGAAGCGGAAAAUGGGUAUCAGCAAUGUUAGCAGUGCAACUGGGGAAACGCUUCUCUUGAGGGUGACAACAUCGCGCAUGCGUUGCUCCAACAAGGUCAAGGACGAACUGGAGGCGACGGCCAGCGGUCGAGUCUAUGUGAAGACCACAAUCUUUGAGCAUGGCAUCUAUGUGGAUGCGUGGAAGUCACAACUUUUCUAUCCCUCGCUCUCGACCAAUUGGGAUGGCGCUGGCGGGGAUGAUGCCACGAUUUCGGUUCCUCUGCGCAGCCUGGAGCAGCUGGAGAACAUUGAGAUCAGGAUAACGCUAGCGACCAAACUGAAAAUGGGCAAGAAACUGGUGCUGGGCACAGUUGUUGUUGCUGGCGGCAGAAGUUCCUCAUCCUCUGAAACCGGCGCUGAGCAAAUGCAACAUUUGCAGAGUUCCCCACUGAACCAGCGAGUCGCUGCUUGGCAUUGUUAUCAAUAGGUAGGAGGUUAACGAUGGGGGAUGAUGCCAUUGAGUUCUACGAAAAGAUAAGCUCAAGUUGAUGCCAAAAUCUUAGUUUUUACUCUACGUGUUCGAUUAAAUUAAAUUAAUAAAUACAUAUUUAAUGACGAAGUAUUCUAUUUUAAUAUGUGACAUGACAAGU